UCUAUUGGAUGUCGUGUGUCAAACAUUGGAAACAGUGUGAACCCUUCAUAAGGGAAUCAACCUCGAGAUUGUGUACUCGUUAUCGUAUAACAGUUUUGUUGUUAGGCAUGUGAUUUGUGUGUGAUUUUCUGAGCGAAACAUUCAUCAUAAAUAAAUUGCGCGCCAAUCGAUCGAAUGAAAGAAAAAGAGUAUGAAAGACUCAAUGAAAGAAACGAGGUGAAAUAGAAAGGAAAGAUCGAUAAAAUCAUUAUGAUUUUUAUUGUGAGAGAAAAACAGCUUCUCGUUUGCAUAGACGUCUAAAUUUUACAUAUGAACGCUCUGCGAUGUUUUAGCAUUUAGAAGCUCUAAAAUCCGUACAAAUCGACACACCCGUACAAAUACACACAAUAUAAAAAAUUGAAUAAACGACUUGCAAAUGAAAAGAAUGACGUGUUCCAUACGAAUCGCCGAUGAAAUACUUUUGACAAGAGUUAUCGUACUUGAUCGCGCGUAUUUUUCGAUGCUUAUCAAUUUCAAUUAUAAUUUUGUAUGAAGUAAUAAUUUUUGCCUCGCUCUUCUCAAAUAAUAAUAAUAUAAGAUACGCAACCACGCAAUAUUCGCCUAAUUUUCUCAUAUAUGUUAAGGAAAUUUUUAACAUAUAAUUGUGAUAAAGAAAUAUUAACACCAAAAAAAUGCAUCGAUUCAUCGACUUAAUCUUAAAUAGCGCCUUACUAUGGGUAUAUUUACAAACGUUCCUGAGUAUAUUAAUCACUAUUUUAUGCGAAUUUUGUAUUCCUUGGAUUGCUUGGAGCUCAUUAAUUAUUAUGAUUGCGCUGAGAUUAGUCCGAGUAUCCCCUCUGCCUGACAAAACUAUUCAAGAAGUGCUUGGUGUGGAUCCACUUCUCAUAGAUAAAAAUAACUCUGUGUCUGAAAAACAUGGUAAUGGAGAGCAAUACUGCAUGCGAGUGGUGGCUCAUCGUGGUGGAGGAUACGAUUUUCCUGAAAACAGUUUGAUGGCUUUACGAAAUGUAAACAAGAUAAAGGGCUGCAGUGCCGUAGAGAUUGAUUUAAGACUAACAAAAGAUAACAUUCCAAUAUUAUUCCAUGACAAAACAAUUGAAAGAAUUACAGGCCAAACAGGAAUAGUUAAUGAGAUGAUGUGGGAAGAAUUGAGAGAGAUAGAUAUAACUUAUAAUCAUCCACUUAGGAACAAGUUUCCUGAAGGUGAGAGAAUCGCGCUGUUAGAUGAUGCACUGCAAGUAUGUCUGAGCAGCGAGAAGAGAGUAAUUAUAGACAUAAAAGAAACAAAGAUGGAUGUUGUGCAAAUUAUUCUAGAUGCGUACAAAAAAUAUCCAAAAUUAUUUGAAAGAUGUGUCGUGUCGAGUUUCAAUCCAAUCAUGAUAUACAUGAUUCGAAAAAAAGAGCCACGUAUUGUCUCGAGUCUUGCUUGGAGGCCGUAUUUUUUUUCGAGAUUGUCGUAUACCGGUCUGGAAGCGCUCGGUGUGGCACGAUUUCAUAAUCCAUUUAAGCAUGUGGCAGCUUGCAUUUUGGAAGUUUUGUACGAGUGGUUAUUACCUCGCUUCGUUUAUUAUAUUGCUGGCAUUUCUGUUAUACUAUUGCACAAGGACAUAGUCAAUCCACGCGAUGUAGAACGAUGGUGCGAACGUGGUAUUCGCGUGAUGGCAUGGACAGUAAAUCGACCGUCAGAAAAAAUGCAUUUUUCGAAGCUCAAAAUCACUUAUAUAACUGAUACGCUACAUUUAGAGAAGAACAUGUAAUAAAUGUUCGAUAUAUUUGUUCAGUAUUAAAUUUCAAAGACUUGUCUGCUGAUAUUAUAUAUAUACAAAUUUUUCUAUUUCUCAUCAUAUAGAUUAUUUGUUAUAUCUAGUCGAGUCGUAAAAUUGACUUAAACUUAGAAUAUAAGACAUUCCUUUUAUAAUUGGAAACAAAAUAAUAUUUAUCGCCUUCACGCUUCAAUCAAAUGCAGUAUUUUCAUUUUAUGAAAAAUAAAAUAUACUUUGACAUAAAGUAUAA